AUGGUCGAUCUAGCGCUUAUCUACAAGCAAAUACCAAAGAUGUUUGGUACACUUGCAUUUAUUGUGAAUCCCGUUUUCGUCUACUUGAUAUUCACCGAAAAAUCGACAAAAUUUGGCAAUUAUCGAUACGUUCUGUUGUACUUUGCGACGUUCAAUUUGGUGUACUCGGUGGCAAAUGUGGUCAUUCCAAUUGAUAUCAACAGCCAUCGCUAUUGCUUCUAUUUGUUCAUCAGCGACGGACUUUUCGUAGAACAAUCCGACUUGCACCUUCAUAUUCUUUCCUUGCGAUGUGCAUUGGUUGCUGCCAGUUAUGGUGUCCUUAUGAGUCAUUUUAUUUAUCGCUAUCUAGUGGUACAUGAUAGCAAACUGACUCGUGAGAACUUCCAUGUCUUUGUUCUCAUCUCAUUCGGAGUUUUUGUGGGCUACAUAACAGUUUGGCACUUGACCUGCUAUCUGCUCGGAAGUGCAAAACGCGAAAUCAAGGAGUAUAUCAGAGAGGACUUCGGCAAAUUCUAUGGAAUCGAUCCCAUGGACCGGAAUAUGAUAUCUUGUUUGUAUAAUGAAGGCUCACAGAGUACAUUGAUACGUGGAUGGACAUCCACAAUCAUCUGGACCACAGUAUCCGCAUUAACGAUUUGUGUAUUUUUGAAAUUUGCUCAUAUGAUAAUGAAAAAGUUGAACAAGAUGGCAGGCACAACUAGUCGUAAAACCUCAAAUUUCCAAGUGGAGCUUCUUCGAGCGCUUAUUGUUCAAACAGUGAUUCCAAUUUUUGUCAGCUUCUUCCCAUGUGUGAUUAGUUUUACAAUACCGAUUUUCAACUUGGAUUUGGGAAGGCCCAUCAACUACGUGGAGGUGAUUGCUCUUGGAGCAUUUGCAUUCUGUGAUCCAGUGGCUAUUGUCAUGUGUCUUCCCAUUUUUCGAAAUCGAGUUUUGUGUAAAAAACAAGUCGCGAAGGAGCAAAAGGGUGUGGAGAAACCGGCAAACGCGGUAGAUUCCAAGACUACAACAUUGUAA